AUGGCAGUCAUUUUAUCAUCAAGAAUUCUUUUCUACGUCUUCGCCUGCUUGUGUUUAAUCAUGGCAGUUGCCUGUCGUCCUCAGAGUUCACUCGAUAAUCAAGAAUCAUCGGAUCAGGACAGUAGUGUCGAUAUCAGACGCUUAUAUAAUGCAUACAAUAACUACCCUGGAAACAAUAUGAUUUCACCUGAGGAACGAAUGGCUCUUAAUCGACUUCAAUAUGAGAUGAUGGCAAACUAUGUUCAAAAUAUGCCAAAUGCUGCUGGAUGGUCACCGGAACUUUAUCGUUCACCUGAAAUCAAGAGACAAGUCCGCUACCGACAAUGCUACUUCAAUCCAAUUUCCUGCUUCAGAAAGUAA